GUGAAACGGGAAGUGACAGUGCUUAGACGUCUGAUUCUUUAUUGAAAGCGACUACACCUUGCAUCAGCGUAUAGGAAAAUGUUCCUUUAGGAUAAGGAAUUCAGGUCCAUGCCAUGUUUUCAAGAUAAUGAAGGGGUUGUUCUUCAUAACAGUUUUUGCUUGUCUGGAGUUGGCAGCCGCAGAAAAGAUACAAAAACGUGAAUUGAAAAUUGACAGACGAAGCCCUUGGGAAUAUGCUUUGCUUAAAUAUCUUCUAGGAGACCCCAGAGGAAACCCAAACACAGCGAAGGCUUUGAAAGGGGAAAGGAGAACUACUAGACUGCACAGAUUGUGCUCUGGGAAAAUUCAACUUCGUGAUAAAUGGAUCAAGGACACGUCAGUUUACGACAAAAUUAUUUGCGGCAUGUUCACAAGACAAGAUGAGUACAAGAAGCAUGAAGCGCACGUGGCGAGGAUAUUAAUGGGAAAAACUAAUAGAAAGACUUUGGAUGAACAGAAAGAUGAACUGAUCAGAGCUGUUAAUCGGAUGGUAAAGGCAGCCGGCCCUAUUCCUAUUAUUAAGAUCAAGGGCAAAUGAACGGGAAAGAGGAGCCAUUAAAUCAGUUCAGGAAGUUAAUAACAGUGUGGACAACAGAAAACCACUAAAGCAGCAAAGGGUUCUACAAAGCCCCUAAAUCUUUUGGGUAAAGUUCUUGUCACUUUCCUACUCUAUCAUUAGGUCAAUUCGAAAACCGUGUGCAUGUGACGAAACAUUUUCCCUAAUUGUAAGAUAACAGUUAUGUGUUUUUUAUAAACCUCUAAUGGGAUAAUUUAGUGGGGGAUUUUUAAUUUCUAAUA